UUCAAAGAGUGGCCGUCACUACAUAACCAAGAAGACGACACAGAUUACACCACAGUCUCGACUGGGGCGAAAGCCUUGGAAAAGGGCUACUACUAACACCUGAUCAGGUGUAAUAUGGACACGACCAUGUGCCUGGACCACAUAGUCUUCACUGCUCAGAUAAACGACACAAAGGCAGUUGUCUCGGAUUUUCUGCAGGCGGUUUCAGAGAGUGGUCAGCUUUAUCUUAUCAGCCUCUUUCUCUCCAGCCUCUACAUUAUAUUCCUGUUCCCUGUCGGCUUCCUCGGGAACAUCCUCAUCUUAGUGGUCAACCUGAACUACAAGGGGCACUUGACAGCCCCGGACCUCUACUUUGUGAACCUGGCCGUGGCUGACCUUGCCCUUGUGGGCGACUCUCUGAUCGAGGUAUUCAACCUGAGGCAGGGCUACUACGACAAGCCCGGCCUCUGCACCUUCAUGAACCUUUUCCAGAAGGUCAACAUGUACAGCAGUGUCUUCUUCUUAACCUGGAUGAGCUUGGACCGGUUCGUGGCACUGACCGGCUUCAUGGGGCGCAGCAUGCCGCAUGCACGCCUCAGCUGCUGCCUUAUCUGGGUGUCCUCCUCUUUGCUCACUGUGCUUCCUUUUGCUAUAGCUCAAAGGCAGCACAGCGGAGAACUCCACUUCUGCUUUGCAAACGUGACCCAGAUUCAAUGGCUGGAGGUGAUGCUGGGCUUCUUGCUGCCUUUCUGCAUUUUGGGUCUGUGCUACUGGAGAAUAGCGCAGGUGCUCCAGCAGAGUCACAGGGGCCAAGAUGGCCAACAGCAAAAGCCUCGCAGGCAGAAAGCCCUGAGGAUGAUCUCAGCGGCUGUGGUAGUCUUCUUCCUCUGCUGGCUCCCAGAGAAUGUGUUUGUAAGUUUUCACCUCCUAAGAGGUGACACAAACCGUGGCCAACUAUGGCAGGACUACCCCCUAACAGGCCAUGCUGUCAGGCUGGCGGCCUUUUCUAACAGCUGCCUGAACCCGCUCAUCUACAGCUUCCUUGGGGAAACCUUCCAGGAAAAACUGAGGAGCAGAUGGGCCAACCUACAUAGGUCAACCUCAAGAAAAUCCAUCUAUGUACCAGCUGCAAGCACAUGUGGCCAUGCGAAAUCCCCUCAAAUUAAUACCGCCUGCAUACUGUAGGUCACACAGAUAAUAGAUGACAUGGUGUCUGUGCAAUCAGUGUAAAGACAUCGUUAACGGACAACGUAAAAGCAAGGACUCCAGCUGUUGUGGAAACGCUUGUGUUAAAUCACUUAUUUAAGAUUUAUGCUCACCAUUUACUGGGAAUUUUGACAUUGUUUUCCACAGGCUACUUCAACUUGAAUCAAUUUCUGAUGCCAUCUGGAAUGUAACAUCAGACCAUUUUUUGUCAUGUAAAUUAAUAUAGUAAUAUAAACUCAACUGUAAGAAUACAUUAUCAACUCUCACUUGGUCUAUAAAACAUAACUUUUAGCUGCACUAAAUUGUGUUUUUCAUCACCUUAACCAGUUACCAGCACAUGUUAAGAUUUUUCUGUAUGAAGCAACACAAAUCAGCAGUCAGA